ACUGUCCCAAGGCCUCACUCUGCUCGGAACCAAGGAGUUUUUUUUUUUUUUUUCCUUCUCUCUUCGUUUAUUUUCAAAAAGCUUAAUUGGAUGAACCAGGAUUCAAGUUUGAAGCUUUCAUGUUGCAGGUGAAAGUGAAGCCGAAAGGUGUAAAAUCUUCUCACUAGCCAGAGAAAAGUGAGGUACAAAAAGGCAAAACAAGAGCUAUUAGCUUCCCUUCCCAUAACGGAUAAAGCUUCGAUAUUUUUUGUGUUGGAAAUUGGGCCUUCCAAAUUCAGGAGCAAAUCAUUGUAGAAUAAUUUUUAAAGUCAUGGCGGGUCCUUAUCUUGGAAGCUUACUUUCCAUAUCAAUAUUGAUACUGGCAUUUCACACUUCUUAUUCACAAGCCUCACUGGAGAAUGGAAAUGAGAUAAAGUCUGCCACUUUUCUAUCCCCCAAGUUUGUGUUGGGACCAGGAUCAGUUGAGAACAGAUUUUACUACAACAUAGAUUUCCCAAGAGGUCAUAUUGCUAUUAAGAGUUUUAAUGCUGAAGUAAUUGAUGAGGCUGGGAAUCCUGUCCCACUUCAUGAAACAUAUCUGCACCACUGGGUUGUUGUAAGAUACUAUCAACGUUUGGAUGUGGCAAAUAUUGAGAACAAUGACAGGCUGCAGGUUCGUCAAUCAGAUCAUCUUUUUGCAGGGAACAGUGGGAUAUGCCAAGGCAGUCUUCUUAGACAGUAUUUUGGCCUUGGAUCUGAAACACGGAGAACAGCUACCCAUGUUCCAGAUCCUUAUGGAAUAGAAAUCGGUAAUCCUGCUGAAAUUCCUGCAGGAUAUGAGGAGAGAUGGUUGCUUAAUGUGCAUGCAAUCGAUACUCGAGGGGCUGAAGAUAAGUUGGGAUGCACUGAAUGCAGGUGUGACCUAUACAAUGUCACAGUCGAUGAAUAUGAUCGUCCUCUGAGGCCAGACUAUAAAGGAGGGUUAUUUUGUUGCUAUGACCAUACACAGUGCAAAGUUAGAACAGGUUUUGAGGGGACCAGCCGGAGCCUCUACCUUAGGUAUACAGUGAAGUGGAUUGCUUGGGAUAGUUCCAUCAUCCCAGUUAAAAUCUUUAUAUUUGAUGUCACUGAUACUGGGAAAAGGCUGAAUGUCUCUACAGGAAUAAAUACAGAGAGUGGUUGCCAGGUUGAGUAUGAGGUAGAGGCUUGCAGCACAACUGGUGUGACGGGUAAUGGGUGCAUUCACAUCAAAAGGACAAGCCUAACCAUGCCAACAGGUGGUUAUGUCAUAUAUGGCGUUGCCCACCAGCAUACUGGGGGUGUUGGUUCAACUCUGCAUGGAGAGGAUGGACGUGUUAUAUGCACCUCAGUACCAACUUAUGGGGAAGGAAUGGAGGCAGGAAACGAGGCUGGUUAUAUUGUAGGAAUGUCCACCUGUUAUCCUAAACCAGGUUCUAUAGAGAUAGCAGACGGGGAGAGGCUAAUUCUGGAAUCUAAGUACAGCAAUGCUCAAAAGCACACAGGAGUUAUGGGGCUUUUCUACAUUUUGGUUGCAGACCGGACACCAAAGCACACAACUUUCUUAGAUUCUCUUGUUCAUGCACAUGAAAGCGUGGAACCAUCCACACAUGCUUGGGCUGUAGUAGUUCUGUUGGGAUUUGCAAUAACCGUUGGUGUAGCUGCUGCUGUUCAUUCUUGGUUAAAGAAGGGAAACGAUGAUGGCUACCAACCAAUUCGGGUGUAGAGUUGUGCAGUGCAUCCUGAAUAAAGGCUUGGCUUUGAAAUUGACAUAAAUAAUUUUCUGAGACUGAACUUCUCAUUCUCUUUACGAAAGCAGUAUGGAUAGAUAUGAACAACUCAAAGCAAGCGGAAUCAAUCAUAUUGAAUGUAAUAUUUCUUGGCCAAUAGAGGAGUUGAUAAAACUAAAACUAUGUAUUAGAUUCUGUUCCUGCAAAACUAGGUUCUCUGCUUUCGCUUAAUCUAAGUUUGUUUUUCUUUUUA